AUGUAUGCACACGCGUUCUAAAGGCUUGCCUCUAGAACCUUUCGACUCUGAGAUCGAAGCAUCAAACCGGAAGAGGAACGCAUAUAGGAGGCUCAAGCAGAAAAUUCAAGCUUCUUCGCCUACACGCGCAGGAGGGGCAUCUUCAUAUCAGAGGGAUCUUUCACCUAUCCGUCUGAAGGAGAACGAAGAGGGUAACAACGGUCCACCCCUCCGCCCACUAAUGCUGAGCUUCUACGGCAGCUGGAGGAGCUGCGUCAACAAGUCAAUCAUAGACAAGCUGUGGUUGCCUGUUCAGAAUCAAGGAUUCAGCAAAGGAUUGGUUGGAGAGCUUGGAGUCGGGCUCAAUCAGAACAUUGGAUGUUAUGUAGAGAAGUUUUUAAAAAAGUUUUAUCCCCCCAGUGAGGCGAUUAAGAGGCAACAUGAGAUCAUUGCCUUUCAGAUGAACCCUGCGGAGAAUAUCAGAGAAGCAUGGGCGAGAUUUAAAGCCUUGAUGAAGCGAUGUCCCAACCAUGGGUUAACCCCGACAGUUCAAGUCAUUACAUUUUUUAAGGGAUGCGUGCCUGAAGCACAACGGGAGUUGAACUUGAGCUCAGGCGGUAAUUUUCUCAAGAAAGGAGUGAAUGAAGCCAUGGAAGUGAUUGAGGAGCUCGCAUCUAAUGACGAAGGAUGGAGCAACGAAAGGAGUAAGGUGCAUAGAGUGGCUUCUACUACAGAUCAUAAUCCUAUGAGUGCCCUAUCCGACAAGUUGGAUGCGUUGACCAUGAAAUUUGAUUGCAUGAUAAUGGGGAAACCUUCUCAAGAGCCCCAAGGAAGUAUGGAGGACGUGAACUAUGUGAAUCAAGGGGGCAACAACAGGUACUACAAUAAUCCACGCCCCAACUUUCAUGGUGGAGGAUAUAAUCAGUACGGGAACACGGGGCAUCCCAAUCUCUCUAAUGAGAACCCCAAUAAUGCUCUGCAACCACCCCCAGGGUUCACAGUUACUGAUGGAGUGGUUAAUGAUCCGAAGAAGAUGACCACGGAAGACAUACUCAAGUCUUUCAUGCUACAGUCCAACAAGCUCAUGGAGCAAAACAAUCAAAGGAUGGAGAAAGUUGAGAAAGAUGUGCAAAGUAUAGUCACCCAUCUGAAGUUCGUAGACACACAGCUGAGCCAGAUUGCUCAGGCUGCCCAUCUCUGUCUGAGACCACGAAGGACGCUAUUUCUUGAGCCUAAGGCUGCCGUGGCAGAGAAACUGAAGGGCAAGAUAACUGAACAAAGAGACAUUGGAGGCACUUCUGGAGUGAAGGUGCCCUUAUCUGAAGCACUGAAGCAGAAGACAAAGAAGGAUGAGCAGUUUGCUCGAUUCCUAGAUAUAUUCAGGAAGGUGCACGUGAACAUCCCACUGAUUGAGGCACUACAGCAGAUGCCGAAGUAUGGGAAGUUUCUGAAGGAGGUGAUAGCCCAGAAGACCAGUUGGGGGCAGGUAGACACUAUUAAUCUAACUGAAAAUUGCAGUGCUCUGCUGCAAAGGAAACUGCCUGCCAAGCUGAAGGAUCCUGGAAGUUUCACUGUCGACUGCCUCAUUGGGGGCUAUAAGGUGGAGAAUGCUCUCUGCGAUCUAGGCGCGAGCAUUAUCUAA